AGGAACGCGGUACGCUUGCAGAAACCGAGCGGGAGGACGAAGGAGUAGGAAAAGGAGAAGGAAGAGGGGGCAUGAAUGGAGAACCUAGGCUCCUUGGUUUCGCACCAGAUGGAGGAGCUCAGGAUGGCGGAAACGCUAGAAUCAGAUCAUGACCUCGCCUUCCGCCUCCAGAUGGAGGAGGCGUUGGCCGUCUCCGCCAGCUCCGUCGCCUCCACGUCCCGCGCCCCCACUCCUCUUUCCGUCGUCUCCGUCGGCGAUGAAAAGGCCCCACUCUGGAGGCUCCAAAUCGAUGAGUUGGAGCGAUUCCAGCAGGAGCGGGCCGACCGCGAACAGACCGUCGCGGCGGCUAGGAAGAGCUACGAUGACUCGCAGCUCUGGCUGCACGACAAGGAGUUCGCCCGCCAAAUCAAGGAUAUGCCCGAUGAGGAGUGGGAUAACGACGGUGAUUUUUUCGAGCGGCCGUUCGGUGCUGCUGAGGGCAGCGACGUGCCGUUCAGGCUGUUCUUCAAGGGCAUGGUUAGCUUGGAGCGCGUGGAUGGCGCGUGGGUCUCCUUGUCGGCAGUUGGCGUGGCAAUCUGCGAUGGCGAUGAUAAUCUGUUGCUCGAGAUGAAGAAACCGACGGGUGUCUGUUCCAGCAGGGCGGUCGUGGAGGCGAAGGCCCUGAUCGAAGGAUUGACCGCGGCACUUGAGUUGGGUUUGAAGAGAAUUAUGAUUCUUUGUGACUUUGUUCCGAUUUACAACUUUAUUAUAAGGAGAUGGAGAGCAAAGCAGCGCAAAAUUGCAAACAUGGUUGAUCAAAUUAAUCAACUGACAAGGAAAUUUCAGAGAUGUGAAAUAACAUUGCUGCCUCGUGUACAUGUGAAGUAUGUGUUUAUGUUUGCUCGACAAGCUAUAGAUGUUCAGCUUGAAAAGAUUGGGGCGACUUCAGAGCACGUUGGGAACAGUUCUACCAAGGAUGUGAAAGAAAACUGUAGCAUUUGCUUGGAGGAUAAAGAUAUUCUUCAAAUAUUCUCGGUUGAUGGUUGUUCUCAUCGCUUUUGCUUUUCUUGUAUGCAACAACAUGUGGAUGUGAAGUUGCAUCAAGGAUUAUUGCCUACCUGCCCUCAUCUAGGGUGCAAGUCAAAGCUAACAGUGGAGAAUUGCAGGAAGUUCUUAUCACCAAAAUUGCUUGAGACUUUGUCCCGUCGUGUUGAAGAGGCUUCAAUUCCUGAAACAGAUAAGCUUUAUUGCCCCUAUGAAAAGUGCUCUGCUUUGAUGUCAAGAAAGGAGAUGUUGAAGCCUGAACAAGCUUCUUCAUCACAUGGCACUCGCAAUGGAUCUGGAUUUAGGAGAUGCAUCAAGUGUCAAUUACCUUUUUGUAUAUACUGCAAAGUCCCAUGGCAUGCGAAAUUAUCUUGCCAGCAGUACAAGUUAAGUCAUCCUGUAGAAGAUGUGAAGUUGCAAUCUCUUGCAAAUAAAAAUCUGUGGCGCCAAUGUGUCAAAUGCAAUCACAUGAUUGAGCUUGCCGAAGGAUGCUACCACAUGACAUGCAGGUGUGGCUACGAGUUCUGUUAUACCUGUGGAGCUGAAUAUGUUCGUAAGAAACCAACUUGUGCUUGCCCACUUUGGGAUGAGCAUAAUAUUAUACGUGAAAACGAUGAUGAUGACUAUGAUGACGAAAGUGAUGAAUACCAUGAUGAUUUUGAUGAAUAUUCUUCUGAUUCUGACUACGAGGACACUGUGAAUUUUGGUGCCUGGCACAAUUUUGCUAAUCUGCGUCACUAACAUGGCAUGCGUUGCAUGUUGUGCUCAGUAAAUGAAGUGUGUUUUUUGUCUUUCUGUAAUUAGGUUGCAGUUUCAUGAACAUCUUGACCAAGGAUAUGGUUAAUAUAUGGGAAAAAUAAGUUUUCUUUUC